AUGGAAUCUUCUGCCGAAACAUCUGAAAGUGAAGUACAAAUUGACAAAUUGCCAGCAAAGAAAAUACGAAAACUUCGUCCACCUCCUCCACCUUUACGUACAAGAUUGAAAGAAGACGGAAAACUUGACGACGAAAAUCUUGGUGAUAUUAGUAGAGAUUAUAGUCAGGAAGAACUUGCAAAUAUGCGUGCCGAAUCGGAGAGAUUGUCACUUCUUGUAGAUGAAAGUUAUUUUUUGACAAAGCCUUUUGGUGCCCGCUUCUUACGGCCAUACAAACAAAAGCAAAAGAAGAAUGAAUAA